AUGACUGCCUUUAACCGCACUGGGGUCAGCCACACCGUCUUCUACUUGCUGGGCAUCCCCGGCCUUGAGGACCAGCACCUGUGGAUUUCCAUCCCCUUCUUCAUUUCCUACAUCAUCGCCCUGCUUGGGAACAGCCUGCUCAUCUUCCUCAUCCUCACGAGGCGCAGCCUGCAUGAACCCAUGUUCCUGUUCCUGUGCAUGCUGGCCGGGGCCGACAUCGUGCUGUCCACCUGCACAGUCCCUCAGGCCCUGGCCAUCUUCUGGUUCCGUGCUGGGGAGAUCUCCCUGGAUCGCUGCAUCACACAGGUGUUUUUCCUCUCUUCCACCUUCAUCUAUGAGUCAGGCAUCUUGCUGGUAAUGGCGUUUGACCGCUACGUUGCCAUAUGCGACCCUCUGAGAUACACCACUGUCCUGACACAUGCACUGGUAGGGAAAACUGGAGUGACUGUCUUUCUGAGAAGUUUUGGUACAAUAUUCCCCAUAAUAUUUCUUCUGAAGAGACUGACCUUCUGCAAAAGUAACAUCCUUUCUAACACUGCUUGUAAGCACAUUGUCUUGGCUCGUGUUUCCUGUGAUGACAUACGCGUGAAUAUCUGGUAUGGGUUUUUCGUCCUAAUGUCAACUCUGGUUGUAGAUGUUGUGCUCAUUUUUAUUUCUUAUGUGCUGAUUCUCCGUGCUGUCUUCCACACCCCUUCCCGAGAUGCUCGCCACAAAGCUCUCAACACAUGUGGCUCCCACGUGUGUGUCAUCAUUCUCUUCUACGCACCUGGCAUCUUCUCAGUCCUCACUCAGCGGUUUGGACGUCACAUCUCACCCCACGUUCAUGUUCUGCUGGCCAGUGUCUGUAUUCUGGCCCCACCUAUGCUGAACCCCAUCAUUUAUGGGAUCAAGACCAAACAGAUCAGGGACCAGGUGGUUCACGUGUUCUUUACAAGGCGGACAUGA